AUGGAAUUCUCUCUAAAAUCUGUGUUCAUCUUUUGCCUUCUUACAACCCUUAUUUUCUCUCUCCAAACAUAUGCUAGAAAUGAGCAAUUCUCUAGCAAGGUUACUCGAAACCGAGACGACACCACUACCACCACCGCUACCGCCACGGCAAACACCGAAAAAAAUUACUUGAACAGCAAGGAAGAUGAUUUUGUACCCUUAGAACAUCAAGAUGAACAGCCCACAAUUCCUCAAAACACCGAAGCUGAAUUACUUGAACAGGGAUCAAACGGCUGUUCAUCUUUCUCUUUGGAGGCUCAAGCAGAGGUAGUUGACUCGCUAAAGCUCAAGGAAGAUGAUUUUGUACCCUUAGAACAUCACUAUGAACAGCCCACAAUUCCUCAAAACACCAAAGCUGGUUACGGCCUUUACGGCCAUUAUACCGACCUAGAUCACCCUUCUACCACCACCACCACCACCACCACCACCACCAGCACCACCAACACCACCACGCCAAACACUAAAACCAAUUACUUGAACGGCAAGGAAGAUGAUUUUGUACCCUUAGAACAUCAAGAUGAACAGCCCACAAUUCUUCAAAACACCGAAGCUGGUUACGGCCUUUACGGCCAUUAUACGGACCUAGUUCACCCUUCCACCACCACCACCACCAGCACCACCACCACCACUACGCCGAACACUAAAACCAAUUACUUGAACGGCAAGGAAGAUGAUUUUGUACCCUUAGAACAUCAAGAUGAACAUCCCACGAUUCCUCAAAAUACUGAAGCUGAUUACGGCCUUUACAGUCACGAGACCGACGUAGACCACCAUUCCACCACCACCACCACCACCACCACCGCCACCACAACUUUUUUUUACGACAUUAACAUGGAUGAGAAUCACUACGAUAACAAAUAUGAGAAUUUGAAUAACUACGACAAGAAAAAGAGCGAGCUUAAACAACAAGGGAUGAGUGAUACAAGGUUCAUGUAUAAUGGAAAAUAUUUCUACGACAUUGAGGCAGAAAUUAACAACAAGAAUUACGUCUCUUACAACACUGAUUACAACACUAAUGGUAACAAAGAGACGAAUUACGAGGAAGUUUAUGACAACAACAAGAUAAAUGACAAAGUUAUUGAGCUUAUUGUAAUGAUGGUUUUUUAAAUAUUUCUGUUUGUGUAAUUGUGUCUAUGUUUUGUGUGAAAAUGAAGAUGUUUGAUUAUUCUAAAUAUUUUAAUGAAAACUAAAUGCAUAUUGUUCACUUUUUUUUCAAAAAUGUAUGUGGCCAUGAUCUAAGAA